UUUGCAUAGUGUAUAAUGAAUAACUAUUUUUAUAGUUCUGAUGUAGGAAACACAGAUGAUGAGAAGAAAUCCAAAGUGUCCAACAGAGAUAGAGAGGAUGGGUCUCACAGCUCUGAUAAUGAAAAGAAAAGGAAGAAAAGAAAGAAGGAGAAGAAGAAGAAACACAAGAAGGAAAAGAAAAAGAGGAAAAAGGAAAAAAAGAAAGCAGCUAAAAGGAAAGUCUCCAAUUCCUCAUCUGUGAGUGAUUCAGAAUCAGAUUUAGAAGAGGAGGAUCUUAAAUGGAUUGAGAGGAGGAAAGACAGUGACGGAGAAAUGAUUGAAGAAGUGGUGGGUCCUCUUCCCAAGCCACAAGUUACUCUCUCAAAAAAAGACUAUGGCAAGGCCCUGUUGCCCGGUGAAGGUGCAGCAAUGGCAGCUUAUGUAGCCGAAGGUAAACGAAUUCCCAGACGUGGUGAAAUUGGUCUAACAUCUGAUGAAAUAGAAAAGUUUGAGGAUGUUGGCUAUGUCAUGAGUGGGAGUCGUCAUCGGCGCAUGGAGGCUGUGCGUUUACGGAAGGAAAAUCAGAUUUAUUCAGCAGAUGAGAAACGAGCCCUGGCUAUGUUCAGCAAGGAAGAAAGACAAAAACGAGAAAAUAAAAUUCUCACCCAGUUCAGAGAUAUUGUCCGUAGCAAACUGAAUAAGAAAUAAAUAUAUUGUAUAUCAAGCUGGUAGACAUAGUGUAUAUAUUGUAUUAAAAUAGCCUUCUAAUAGGUUUAUUGCCAACGAGUGAUUGGUUUAUUUACCAUUUUGUACUGUUGUACGUGAAUCUGCGUUAAUUUAUAAAAUGCCAUUGUCAUAAAAGGAUAUCUUUUCACCUGACAAUCAGCAUAGUAAUUGUGCUUAAAAUUUUGAAAAAAUUUUAUGCAUAAAACCUACAGUAUAAUAGUAGAUGUAUCAAGAUCUCUUGGACCUGAUUUUAUAACAUUUAUAUUAUGUAUUUGUUUACAAAUGAGUGUAAAUUUUCUAGCAAAAAUAGGUAGACAUUUGUGUAAAUGUAUCUUUUACAAAUGAUUCAGGUGGUAAAUUAUGUCUUAGUACAAUUACUUGUAUUGUGUUAAUAGAAAAAUAUUGGGGAAAUUUUAGUAUCCGAGGAUAAAAGACAUGCAAUUUAUGUAGUCAUGAAUUUUGCUGCUUGUAUAUUUUUUUUAUUUUCUUCAAACACUGCUGCAUACAUAGCAAAACAAAACUUAAUGGUAAUUAUAUUCUUUUUCCUAGGGAGCAAGAACAUGGAUAUGCUUUUUUGUUCACCAACUUUGCUGAAUAAGCAAAGAUGCUUUAUACUAAGAAUUUUAACAUUAAAUAAACAUUUCAGUGAUGAUAAAUAACAAAUUUAGGAUACCUAUAGUAGUCAGCUUUUUUCUUUAGCUGUUAUUUUCCAUUCAGUAAUGUAAGAGCACUUUUUGAUUCACCUAAAUUAUUUUCAUUAUACAGUCUUCACAUAAAAGUAACAAACCUGUAGAUUCAUUUUGAACUUUAAAAUUUUGUGAAUCUGCAGAAUGAAGGAUGGAAUUAUCAUGCAAUGUAGUGCCCUAUUUUUUAAUUCUAGAAUCAGUUUUGAGUGGGUAUCUUUGUUCUUUGGGAGCAUUAA